UGAAUAAUUACUUCACGCACAGAAAUGAUUGCAGUAGGACUUUUAUUUUUAAUAUGUAGCUUUAAAUCAAUAUUGGGAAAAGAGGAAGGAUUUAUAGUCGGGGGCGAUUUUGUUAAAUCCAUAAAGAAAUUUCCUCAUGUCGCUUUCCUGACUUUGCAAGCAGCUGACUCACAAGACGAAUUUAUAUGUGGGUCAUCGAUAUUAAACCAGUUGAUUUUGGUAACUGCCGCGCACUGUUUUGACAAUAUCGCUACAGCGACUGCGUCAGUAGGCAACGUGGAUAGGGAGAAGGGAAAGGUACACCGUGUCGCAAGUUGGCAGCAGCAUGAGAAAUGGGAUACGGUCAACAUAAACCAUGACAUAGCUCUGUGUAGACUGCAGAAACCGUUGACAUUGGGACACACUGUGAAAAGGGUGGUGCUGAUGAAGCGUCCACCGAAAGCUAGGAUAGCUGACUUAGCUGGCUGGGGCGUUACCAACGAGGAGGACUAUUCUGACACAGUUAUGCUUAAGCACACGAGACAGAAACUGUGGACUCAUGCGCAGUGUCAAAGAAUCUUACAUAAUUCACCAAGAGGGACUAUCUGCGGAGGCGAAAGUAGCGCGAAAGGGGAUUUCGCUUCUAGUGGAGACUCAGGGAGCGGGCUCCUGAUUGGCGACAAUAUAAUUGUUGGACUGGUCUCAUAUAAAGACACCAGCGUAUCGCGCAGUCUUGUGAUCUACACCGACGUCCCAUACUUCUACGAUUGGAUUAGUCACACAUCGAAACGGUUGAGCUGCUCUUGAUUUUUAAUGGAAGUUUUCAAGAUUUGUCGAAAUAAAAUAAAUGAAUAUUCGUGUAU